GAAGAAGAACACGUAGUAAUACGGCCAUACGAUGAUCUCCUGCUUUAGAAAAUAGUAUAAACGAUUAAGAGGCCUCCCAGCCAUACGCUGGUGAACUUGAAGGGAAAGUUCCAAACUUAAGAUGGCCAACCUAUGCGUUCCAUUACGCUCUAAGAAAAUCCCAAAAGGUAAUAUCAAAAAGAAGACCCCGGAUGAAGUAUAUGGCUUUAUUACACAUCGUGGUGGAAAGGAUGAUACUUAUGGUUUUGUCACAUAUAAUCCUAAAUCAGCAAAACACAGAUAUUUGCGGCUUCAACUCACUCCAGGGACAUCCCAUAAUAACAAACUGAACCAAAAAGACACACAAAGUAACAAUAAGGCAUCCAACAAUGAACACCUAAAAGCCUUUGAUGCAUACAAGGAAAUCAAAGCCAUUAAAGUUACACCAGACAUUGCAAAUGGAGAUCUUAAAACUGUUGAGGAUGAUACUGAAACAUUAGAGGGAUCUAAGGAAUCUAAACAUUGUCCCAUAUAUGAUAAUAUUGGCAAUAAGAAUGAUGUGGAGUAUAUGAAUGGAGUGGUUCAAGUUGGGAGUGAAGUUGAACAAACAUCUACCAAGGACCCUACAGACAAAGCCCUACCUGAAGAAACAGUUAAGGGUACCCCCAAGGAAAGAAAGCAUCUAGGCUUCAGGGCCCACCCACCGUUUGUAGAAGUACACCCACCAGGGCUAUUCAAAGCAACAAUGAUCCAUAUACAUGACACAACAGAUUCAUCUGACACUGCCAGUAGCAGGCUGCAAUAUCUUACAACAUCUUCUGAAGAUUCUUCUGAGGAUGAAAGUGCCCCCUGGCCAGGAAGGGGACCCCCUGGGGUCAUCAAAGUCCCUGAUAGAAGCAUCAGAGAUAUUGCAAGAGAGCAUAUACAAAGGAAUGCCUGUGUUGAGCAGCUGAACACUAGUGAGCUUCAAAGAUUUAAUUACAAUGGUGUUUUGGAUAUAAUUAAGGAUUAUGAGAAUGACCCCAAGGAACGAUUUGCCAAAACACGUAAAUUACCACUGGAAAAGACACAUAAACUCUCUAUGGAAGAUACACAUAAGCUCUCAGAUGACACAUCAGAUUAUGACACUCCACCACCCCUACCCCCAAAAAUCAUCUAUGUCCAAGCAACAGAUGCCACAUCAUCUAGUGAAAUAGACAAUAAUGAAGCUUGUCAUGACAAAUCAAAAUCAGCAACUAUUCCAAAUCAGGUAGGCCAAAAACAACAUAGUACAAAACAGUCGGGCAAUACUAAGAAACCUGAGAUAGACACUGCAACUGACACUAAUGACAGUGGGAAUGAUAGUCCUCAAGACAGGAGUAACAACUCAGAAGAUAUCAGUGUGAAUUCCUCAAUCGAUGCAGAGCUGGACAGAUGGCUUGCUGAACAAAAGGGACAAAAACCACCAUUGCCUCCAAGGAUCAACAACUCUUCAAUCAAAGACAACACGCAGAGAAGAAAAACACAAAUACCUCAGGAGAAGUCUGAUAAGAGGCUUGAACAAUCUAUUGAAUCUUCCAUGCCUAGUGCAAUUGAGGAGAUUAUAGACACACCUGACAGUCCAGGUAAUUAUGAAACUAUAGACAACUGGCUGAAUCAACAAAAGAGUCCUUCAACUGAUACAACAAAGGAACAAAAAGACACUUCUGACAAAUCUAACAUGAAAUUGGAUUCUACAAAACAUUUCAAUUCAUGUUGUGAUGCAAAUCUGGAGAAAUGGUUGGAUGAACAGAAGUCAAAAAAGCCAAAAGAAAAUUCAAAACAGCCAAAAGUCAAUAUUAAACUGCGAAAAAAUAUCAGCCAAAAAGAUCCAUCUGAUCAUGAGAACAAAUUAUCAAGGAAUUUAACUUGGUCAUUAGGCGCAACAAGUUCUACACCAGUACCAUCGUCAAUUAUUGUGUCACCCAGAGCAUAUGUUAAAGACACAACUUCGAUGACACUUUGUGACAUCAUUGAGUGCUUACAGAAUGCAAAUAGCCUCAAACCUGUUUAUAUCAAAAUGCAUGUCAGGGCUGAAUAUACUCCAGAUGAUGAUUGGACGGCUAAAGAUGAAAUCAAAGUGGAAUCUGAAACAAUAGUUAACGCUCUAUACAAACAAGGUGAAUGGGCAUUUGUUAGGACAGAAGAUGAAAGAGGUGGAUUUGUCCCAUAUAAAAACCUUGAACCUGUAAACUAUAAACCAAUCAAAGUGACAGACUUUUGCCAACAAUUCCCAGCUGAUGGACUGGAGAGUGUAAUUGAAACAACUGAAGAUGACAGUGCAUUUCUCCCAUAUGGGAAACAUCAAAAUGAUACUAUACCUGCUGUACAAGGGACACAAAUCACACAGACCAUUAACCAUCAAAAUACUUCAACUGAAUUGGAAGAAGACAUUUAUGUUGAAAUGAACUCUCCGAUCACUACCUCACAUGCAAGGUCAAGGUCAUUACCAGAGACAUUGAGUAGUCCAACAUUGUCUCCCAGGACUAAACCACUUUCAAGUAUGAAGCCGUGUGGAUGUACAGACCAUCAUAACUGCAAAGCUAGCAACAUUAGGACUCAGCAUGACCCAAAUGGUGUAAGUGAAACAGUCCUUAAGAGAAUUGAUAAAAAGUGUGAAAUCAAUAAAAUCUUGCGAGUGCGAUCUAGAAGUAAAAAUUCUUCAAAGAGGCCAAGCUGUGAUAGGAAGCUGUAUACAGAUAGUAGUGCACAGAGCAUCGAUCCACUUGAAAAUAAUAGUGCUACAGGAAAAAGUAGUUCAAAUAAACAUAAUCAGCAAGAUAUGACACGAGCGAUCCAUCAACGCAGAUGUUCAGAAGAUUCCCUACUGUCUCCAAUAGCUGCUGCUCAAAUCUACCUCCAUGACUCAGAUGACUCUGAAGUGUUUAACACUACCAAUGCUAAAAUUAAUGCUGAACAAAUGAAAGAAGACAUUAACACUGUGAAAAACACCAAUCAAAAGUCAUCUGCUAAUCUUGAAAGACUUCGCAAUCUGAAAUCCCAACUUGCAGGAAUGAAUGCUAAUGAUAUUGCAGAUGACCUAGUUCAGGAGUCAAUUGAUAUGCUAGAGAACCAUUUACAGAAUCAACUUCACAAAAAGACAUCAGUUGAUCCUAGAAGUUUACCAGUCGAAUUUGACCAAGGCUCCACAGAUUCUAAGGAGUUCACGGGAGAGAUGCUGGUCGGAGGAGACUGUACAUUUAUAGAACACUCCAUUCAAAGUGAAAAGACUACCUUGGGUCCAUCAAGGAAUCUGCUAUCACCAGAACUGUUCAGUGAAGAUAUGGAAAUUUCUCAACAGGCAUCAAGUGGGCAUGGCACAUUGUCAUCUUAUAUUGAUGAAGGUAUGGCACAAGGAAUGGAGCCACAAAGUUCAAGGUCGCGGAUGAAAUCCCAGGAUUCACUUGAGAGGUGUAAAUCAUGGCUUGAUGAACUAUACUCAAAGUCACAUGACCACAAUCAAAGGAGGACAUCUGCUCCCAGUAUACACCUUAAAACAAUCAAAAGGCCUAAGAAACCAAAAACUAAAGAUCCCUUUGGUUUGGUGGAUGAUCUAUCCCCUAUAGUAGCCCGACCUGAGAUAAGAACUUUUGAUACAAGGACCCUUGAGACGAGGUCAUCUGAUGGUGGAACAUUAUACCAAAAUACAAAGUACAGAGACAUACUCUUCAACGAAGAAGAGGAACCAAUUUAUGAAGAAUAUUCUUUAAAAAAUUCUAAAGGGAACCCACCUCAGAAAACAAUGUCAGAUGCAAUCAGAGGGUAUGCAAGUAGCACAAACACCAUGGAAACAGUCAUAUACAACAAAUCAAAGUGCCCCAAAAUAUCAAAGCAGCCUCAUUCUGAAUUAGAAAGGUCAAGGUCAAAAUCUGAAUUAAAGUUGGCCAACAUAAUGGAUAGAAACAGGAAUGAUGAUCAAUAUAUUCAAUUGAGCAAUGCAAUGAAAGUUUCAACUGAACCAAAAACACAUCCAAAUGAACAAACUGAUACUACAGAAAAGCUAAUGGUUCUGUUUGAUUUUGAAGCCAAGCAGGAAAAUGACUUAACAGUAAGAAAGAAAGAAGUUGUGAAACUUCUAGAGAAUGAUGACCCACAUUGGGUUUUAGUUGAGAAUGGUAAUGGUCAACAGGGCUAUAUACCUGAAUCAUAUACAACAAACUUAAUCAAAUUACACUUAGACCCUAAAGCAAAGACAACAUAUUUUUAAUUCAGUUGUGACACGUGUACAAUGCAUGUCAAGAAUAGUGCAAAUUUUUGUACAGCUGUGUGAAUGUAGAAUACUGUGUAUCUGAGAAAACAUGUCCAAAAUGGACACAAGAAAAUAGUUUUUUUUUCUUUUAAGAACCUAAUUUAUCACAUCUAUUCAUCAAUUACAUGUAUUUACACUGGAUACUUAAUCAAGCAUAUACACCAGUAUGUGUUCAAAUCAUUUCCACUGUAAAUAUGUAAAUAUAUACCUGACAAGCAUUGCCAACCUGUAGAAUAGAUCAUUGUAAAUGUUAAAAGGGAUAGAGUUUUGGAUCUUAAGAGCAAACCUUUUUAUCUUUGACCAUUCAUUAGUCCAGUUCUUUCCAAAACGUCAGGCUAAAAUUUUCUGUUGGGCGAAUUUGAUGAUACUGGCCAACCUUGUUUCAGAGUGCAAAAACUAAUGGGCACUUAUAUAUAUUUUUACUCAAAAAAUUAUAUUUUAAUAUUCAGAACCACAAUUUGUUUUUGGAAUGAUUUGGUUCCCCAAUAUCUAAUCUGCUAA